AUGGAUUCUACUCCAGACCUCACCUCCCUUCCCGUGGAGAUCCUGCAGCUCAUUCUUGAGCACACACAUACUUCGGGACAUUGGCCUCUUGCCCAGACAUGCAAGCACGUGUAUCUUCAUUCCCAACACGUCCUCAACCGUCAUCGUGAAGCGUAUCAAAAGUUCAGAAUCAGCUCUGACCUUGACCCAAGAACUAUCAUCCACCUUCUGGCGAGUUGUUUUAGCCACGGGGCAGCCUCUAUUGAUGCCUGGCAUGUCAGGGAGUUCGAGGUCUGGGGUGAUAGAGAAAACGGGGAGCCCUGGGAAGUGGACGUGGAUACUGGCGAGGUCCGGAUACCAGAAGGGGGCAAGCCCUGGUUAUUUCCUCGCGACGGCAUCAGCUACUUCUGUGAUGAGUUGCUGAAAGCGGUGGGCCACUCUAUUGACAAAGAAGGCUUCCAGGCUCAAGCACGGAAGCAACUCGAAACGGGCGCGGACAGCCACCUCAAAUGCUGCCUGCUGGCCCUCCUGCCACGUAUUCGGGCUCUACGUUAUGCACGGGCCGGCGGAGCAGAUCACAAAAGCUUCAAAUAUCUGUGUCGUAUGAUCCACUGGUGUAUGAGUGAGACCCUGCUGCCCGGAUUCAAAACUCUCGAAAAAGUGUCUUUUGGUAUAUGCCUUGGGCAAACCGCAGACGGACAGCCCGAACCUUCCAAGAGGAGCGCCGGCGAGCUCUAUGCUCUUCUAUGCCUUCCAAACUUAUCUGAGUUGUACUUCGCUCAUUUGGAUGGAGAAUUCGAACUUGAUGAUGGUAUCGCACCCUGUUUUCUGUUCGGCCGUCGGCCUCCAUUCAGCAGGUCAUCACCAGUCCGAACUAUCAUUCUCGAUAUGAUGGAUAGCCUUGGCGACGAAUUAAUUGAAUUCGUAGCUAAAACCCCCCGCGGCCUGGAAAACCUGGCCAUCCGACUCUGCAAUGAGUCGGGGCUCGGGGAUGAGCGCCAUCAGUUGACAGAGGAACUGCUCAAGUACCAACGCCUCUCUCUCCAGCGACUUUGUUGGUAUAACGCGGAUUCCAGCGCCGGAUCGACGGUUCCGAACUGGAUGGAUCCAUCCCAUGUCAUCAUGUUUGACGAUCUUCGGGUGGUCAGUCUGGACUUGCUCUAUGUAGAGGGUCUACCACCAGAUGCCCGAUCGAAGGCUAUGAAUAAGUUCGGCGAGUUCCUUGUACAUAAUCUUUCGGCGCAAAUGGAGGUUGCAGACUUCGAUGGAGUAGACUUUUGGGAAGAUUCUUUCACAACCGCCCAACUUAGUCACAUUAAGCUGGAUUACCUAGAUGAUAUGGUUGAGGCGAUGGUUAGGUCGAAGCGGUACGAGAAACUGAAGGCCGUUUUCCUAGGAGAAAUCCAGGAUCUCGUGUCUGGUAUGCAGCGCACCCUUUUCCAUUUCCCCAAGACUAACAAGGCGGCAAAAGAGCGGGGGAUAUAUCUUCAUCUCAAGGGCAGCAAACCUCCUCCUGGGCUCAUCAUCAACGGAGAGUUUGUGCCGAUACCAACAAGAGACUGCAUGGUAACAGCGGUGUUUUCCCCAGGGAACAGAGAACGCUCUCGCCCCACCACUUUCAAACAACUUCAUGGAACGGCGGGUUUGGAUGGGCCAGGCAUCGGAACGAUCCUCCAGGGGGAAGGCUCGUUGAAGAACACUCAAAACCAUCGCGACAUUUGA